AUGCCAGGGCCAAGACCUCGGAAGAGCCCUCAGGCCAGUGGCCAGGGUGUAGCAGCUGCCAAGCAGCUGGGGCUCUUUGUGGAGUUCAGCACUGAGGAUAUGAUGCUUGGGAUGGAUGAGACCGAAGAUGACGGAGACCUGGAGGCCGAGUUGUUGGCCCUCACUGGGGAAGCAGGGACCACAAAAGAGAAGCCAGCACCCAAGGGGCAGGCCCCUCUCCCCAUGGCCCACAUUGAGAAGUUGGCUGCAGACUGUAUGCGGGAUGUGGAGGAAGAGGAGGAGGAGGAAGGUCUGGAGGAGGAUGCAGACCUGCUGAAUGAGCUGCAGGAAGUACUGGGUACGGAUGAGGAGGCUGGGCCCCUGGACAGUGAUGAGGCAGCUAGUCCAGACCUCUGUGAGGAGGAGAAGGGACAGGAAGACACUGAAGCUCCAGUGCCGGCAGCCCUCCUAACACCUUCAGUCCCAGAGGCUCAGGCUGGAGGGCCUCGGGGGCUGCAGGCGCUGCUGGAAGAGCGGAUUUGCAAUUACCGGGAAGCUGUGGCUAAUGCCAAGGAGGCAGGUGAAGCAGCCAAAGCCAGGCGCUGUGAGCGAGGCCUGAAGACUCUGGAGUCGCAGUUAGCUGCUGUGAGGAAGGGCAGGAAGGUCAAUGAGGAGGAGAUCCCACCUCCAGUGGCCUUAGGCAAGAGGCCCCCAGCCUCCCAGGAAACAGCUAACAGGAGUUCUCAGGCAGACACCCCAGCUCCCCCUGCCUUGGAGCCAGACAAUGCCUCCCACUCUGAGUCCAGCCUCUUGGGCAGUCCUGGCAUUGCUACCCUUCCGGAUGCAGACCCAGACCCCCGGGCCCUGCUAUUGGCACGACAGAGAGAGUACAAAGUGGCUGCCCUCAACGCCAAGCGGGCUGGAGAGCUGGACCGUGCCCGAGAGCUCAUGAGGAUCGGGAAGCGAUUUGGUGCUGUCCUGGAAGCCCUGGAGAAGGGGCAGCCUGUGGACCUGAGUGCCAUGCCCCCAGUACCUGACGACCUGAAGACUCCUUCACAGGUUGCUGAGGCUCCCGAAGCACCCUCAGUCCCACCCCCAGCAGUGGAACGAGUACAGCCGGUGAUGGCUUCUGACAUCCCAUCAGCCCCAGUGAUCCCUGCAGAGCCACAGACGGUGCUGGAUGCCCUGCAGCAAAGGCUGAACAAGUACCGAGAGGCAGGCACCCAGGCACGGGCCAGUGGGAAUGAGCGCAAGGCCCGGAUGCAUGAGCGCAUCGCCAAGCAAUAUCAAGAUGCUAUUCGAGCACACCAAGCAGGACGGAAAGUGGACUUUGCUGAGUUGCCUGUUCCUCCAGGAUUUCCCCCCAUCCAUGGCCUAGAGCCCACUGUGGGCAGUGAGGAUUCGGUGGCAGCAACUUUGGCAGCUGCCCAAAAACUGGCCACUUCAGAGGAUACAGCGCCAGCAGAUGAGGAUGAGGAUGAGGUUGAGCCCUCAGCCCAGGCCCCAGUGGCCAAGAAGCCAGCUCAGCCUCUGCUUCCUUCAUCCCGACCCCAGCCGGAACCCAAGGCCUCAAGUUCUAGGGAGUCACUGAGUCCAACUGUCCGGGAGCAGCUGGCACUCCUGGAGGCACGGAAGCUGCAGUACCAGCGAGCAGCCCUGCAGGCCAAGCGAAAGCAAGACCUGGAGCAGGCCAAAGCCCACCUGCGGGUGGCCAAGGGUCUUGAGGCUCAGGUCAUCCAGGCCCGAGCGGGCCGACCCAUUGACCUCUCGAAGGUACCUUCUCCCUUGACGGAUGAAGAGGGUGACUUCAUCCUCAUCCACCAUGAGGACCUGCGGCUCUCCCAAAAGGCUGAGGAGGUGUAUGCCCAGCUACAAAAAAUGCUUCUGGAGCAGUAUGAGAAGUGCCUGCUGUUCUCCAAGCAGUUCAUGCACCAGGGCAAUGUGGCUGAGACUACCCGGUUUGAGAAGCUUGCUCAGGAUCGCAAGAAACAGCUGGAGAUCAUGCAUUUGGCCCAGGCCCAGGGCCUGGACCCUCCCAGCCACCACUUUGAGUUGAAGACAUUCCAGACUGUGAGGAUCUUCUCAGAGCUCAACAGCACAGAAAUGCAUCUGAUCAUUGUCCGGGGAAUGAACCUCCCAGCCCCUCCAGGGGUGACCACUGAUGACUUGGACGCUUUUGUGCGGUUUGAGUUUCACUACCCUAACUCGGACCAGGCUCAAAAAGGCAAAACUGCUGUAGUGAAGAACACAAACUCCCCAGAAUUUGAUCAAGUCUUCAAACUAAACAUCAACCGAAAUCACCGGGGCUUCAGGAGGGUGAUCCAGAGCAAAGGAAUCAAGUUUGAAAUCUUCCACAAAGGAUCCUUCUUCAGAAGUGACAAGCUAGUUGGCACAGCACACCUGAAGUUGGAGCAGCUGGAGAAUGAGUGUGAGAUCAGAGAGAUUGUGGAGGUCCUAGAUGGAAGGAAGCCCACUGGGGGUAAGCUGGAGGUGAAGGUGAGGCUUCGGGAGCCACUGAGCGGCCAAGACAUGCAGACGGUGACAGAGAACUGGCUGGUCCUGGAGCCCAGAGGCCUGUGAGUGCAGACUGACCUGUGCCUUGUGCCUGUGCAGCAGAUGGUCAGCACUGGGAGAGGAUCAGCUGGCGGCCGUGUACAGGAACUUCCUUUCCUAGCUUUGCUGGCUGUGGAAGCCUUUGUGCAUAAGAGAGAUGCUGCUACAUAAGCACCAAAGACCUCGUUAAGUACAUGCCCUACUGACCCAGAAGCAGGUGGGAUUCCAGGAGCUCUCCCCCUGCCUCCCACUCCCCCAGAUGAGGGUAAAGGCAAGGACACCCUCAUUGCUCUGUGCCAUAGAGUCCUAUAGCCCUUAACCUCUACACAGCAACUGUGUACAGCUUACCCCAGUCCCCGGUUGAACCAUUUCUGGAUGUGCCUUUAAAAGAUGUAACUAAGGGAUAGGAGAGCUCGAGGGUGAUUGGGAACCUUCCCUGCUUGGGGACUCAGCCCGAGACUCAGUUGGCCAAUGGCAGCAGCCUGUCCCCCACCCUAGCAUUGCCUGUGCCUGUGCCUUUGUUCCUGACAACUGCUGCACUAACCUUCCUGCUUCCCAGUGGAUGCGGUAGAAGAGGAAAGUUAUUUUUGGUACUGCUUGGUGGGAAAUAAGGGGAAGGUUGUAUCUUGGGUUUGGUCCAUGUACCUAAGAUGAAAGACUGUUAACUGAGGAGAAAAAUAUAUAUUAUAUAUAUAUAUAUAUAAUUUUAUGUAGCCAAUUUUUAUUUAAGAAACUAGGUCUAAUUCAUUGUAGGGAUUUUACACUCUACACACAUUGUAAACCAUCAGUUUUAAACAAACACAUGCUUCCUGGCACUGUUUAAAAGCUAGAGUAGUGGUAAUAUUUGUCCACUGCUGCUAUAGCUUCCUCUUUGAGAGAGCAAGGGAGGCCUUCAUUCACUCGGCUUAUUAUCUGGGGCAUACCUUAGUUCUUUCCAAAAAAUUCUCCUUUGGUUUUUUCUGAAGGGAUGGAAACAAUGAAGGGACUUGUAACAAGUUUAACAUUCGGGCAGGGGAUUUAGCUCAGUGGUUUUGCUGCCUGCUGCGCAAGUGCAAGAACCCGAGUUUGAUCCUCAGUACCAAAACCAAAAUGAAACAAAAACAGGUUUAACAUUCAAAACUCCCAAUAUUCUACAUUUCUUAGAAAUAAACACCCGUUUUGAAGCAUUAAGUCCAACAAAACAUUCAAGAUUAUUUGUAAAAGGCUGUAAGUGAAGCAAGUAAAUUCAGCUCACUGAUCACUAUAGUAUUGCAUAAGCACAGCUCAGGGUUUGAGCUUUUGUGGCGUCCCUGGGGAUAACAGGGUUAGGCCAUGCUUCACUACCCCUAAGAGCAGAGCUUUUAGUGGUAACAUAGCAGGAACUACAGACGAUGACUUUCCCAAGAGCUUACUGGUCAGUCUUACCUGUCAGUGAGCUACCAAAACUUCCACAGAGUAGAGAUUUAACAUUCACUUGAAGUCACACACACCUAUGUCAAGUAGUGAUCUAGAAUGAAGAGUGUCAUCAGGAACAGAGACAGUUGAGCCUUAUUUUCCCCUUACGGUUUGUGUCCAACCCAGCACUUACUAAUGAAGAACCACUGGGUUUAUCUGCAAAGGUUCUGACAAGCCCAGUUCAGCCUUCUACUGGAAAUACCUUGUUUCAACAGGGCACUUUUUAUGGCUCCAAAGAUUGUUGUCUUUGUAACACAUGCGGUUUCAGCGGGCUUCACUGCUCUUUAUAAAAACAAAACCUCAGGGCUGACCGAGGCAAGACAAAGCUACCCACUGGACUUGGAGACUGGUUCUUAAAAGGCCUUUGUUGUAGCAAAGGCUUGCAUGGGUAGUGGGAGGGGCCUGCCCAGCCUCCUGUGGUCCUGAUUUGUCCAAAUACCAUAACCAAACAUUGGAGAUUAUCAUUCAUGUGCAGUUGGGAACCAGGCAUGACCCAAAUCAUUUUCAAAUUUUAAAUUCUUUGAUCUAGUGCAGGACAUACUUUCUUGUGAAUUAGCUGAAUAUGAAAAAAAUCGCUCAAUUUUCUUGCUAACAAAGGACAGAUUUGUUGUGACAGCAUUAUUUUUCCUUUUUCAUAGCGCCAUUAUGAAACUGGAAUGGUUGCUUCCAAAUUUUGAGAGAUUGUUUUCCCAGUAUUUGAGACAUCUCCUAAAAGGUCUUGCCCUUUAAGUAAGGUCAGCUCUUUGCAGGUCGGAACAGUGAGGCUGGGACUGGAGAAACACUGCCUGGCAUUUGGCAUUCAAUAAUUUUAAAAAUUUAAUAAAUUACCAGAAUGACAAUUCUGUUUCUCUUCAGUUAAGGAGAUGUGCCGUAGCUAAGUUUCCAAUCUAGAUAAGUUUGCCUGAUUAGAAAUGUGAUGCUUCAGCACUUCACUUUAUAUAAUUCUUACUGUACACAUUGUAUAAAGCCAAAGAUAAACACGAGGAAAAAACAAGGUAGUCUUGGUUGUUUUAUACCCAAUUCCAUAAGCUGAUUUUACUGCACAUAAAGGACAUUUUAUUCAGUUGAGAAUGGACCCGACUAUACAGGGCCACAGAUUGUUUUUAUUGGGAGAAUUAAAAAGCCUGCAUUGAUCCAGAAGAAUGAAUGUACAAUGCCAAGAUGGAUUUGGCAGAGGAGGAAAAUAAACUAUAAACAGGACCAGCCACUAUAGAAGCGCCAGACUUCUGAGGUGUAUUUAGGCCUAAGCUGGAUAUUAACACUAAAUACACCUGCCCCUGUUCUCAUCAGGCUAGAGGCAGUUGCUGGUGCCAUGGGUUUAGGGGAAGCUUAAAAGCUCUAUUCCUCUCAAUCUAUGGGGAAGGUAUCCAGUUCUUGGUAGCUCCUAAUGCCAACACCUUUGGAGAGGCAGCUAUAGAUACAACCCUUAUCCCAAUUAACAGAGAAAGGGAUGAACCCAGCCAAGCUUUCCAGGCCAGGCCUUUGGGUGUCUGGGAAACAGCUACUGCCUCAAACACAGCUCCACAGGCUGUUAUUGCCAAGUGCUAGGCCCAGUCCCAGCCACUGGUGAGUGGCCUCUCAUUGGUCCACAGGCUUGCAGGAACUUCACCUGAAAGAGAACUAACUCCAGUGUGGCCUAGCCUGGCCUUUCAGAAGAUGCUAGUGAUAGGAGUGAGUUGCCCUACAGCAGUAUUCUUACUCUUCAAACUGUGGCUUGUAGAAUCCAUUUGGUCUGUGUUCAGAAUAAAUUUUCUUCUUUGCACAACUAAGCAUUGAGCGUAGACAACAACUCUACCACUGAGCCUCACCCUCAGGCCUUCUUAGGUUUUAUGACAGGGUCUCCCUCAAUUGCCUAAGCUGGGCUGGAAAUUAACAGUCCUCCAGCCUCAGCUUCCCAAGUAGUUGGAAUGACAGCCAUUCAUUACCACACCUAGCUCCAAAAUAAGUUUUGAAGAGAAAGUUAUCAAAAUAUACCAUAUAUAUCCUGGGUAAGCCAGACCUUGGUUUCUAAUACCAUUCCCAUUAAAAGAGGUGAUGAGAAUAAGCCUAAGAUUAGCCUGAAGCAUCUUUUUAAGCUAGAAAAGGAAGUGUUACAAAUUAAUUAUGUUGCAAGGAUGUAGGAACUAGCCUGAAGGUGCACCAUGUGGUCAAAGCUGAGAACUAAGCACCAAAAUAAUUAGAAUCACUGAAAAAAAAAAAUUCACAAGACCAUAAUAAAAAUUAAAUGAAUCAAUAAAAUAGGGAAGGGUGGGCUUCUAUUUAUAGAUUACUAAUUCAGCUAGCUGGUAAAUGUGGAUGGAGUUCUGGAGUUGGAAAAUUAUUUUGCAAGUGUGGUAUAAUAUCAGUACAGGUAUGAAACGUCAGUGUAUGCUAAAUCUAAGGGGGAUAUUUUGAUGAGCAAGAUCUUUGCAUGGUCUGAAAAUGUCUUUACAUAUAUUGGUUAUUAUUUCAGGGGCAGUAUAGUGGAGAAAUUAGACAACACCUUGACCAGGUUAUCAGAGUUAUCACCUUAAUGCAGAGGCAGAGAUCAAGUGAUUCUGGCCAAGAAUGCAUAAACUGAUUCUAAACAUCAAACUUAAAAUGAGGUAUUUUUUCUAAUACAAAGAUGGGGAAGGCCUAUACUCUCAAAAGAUACCAAUGACAAAUAAUAAAGGCAAGUCAUGAUAGCUACAUGUUGUGUCUGCUUCUAGGCUAGGUUUGCUGGGGGCACAGGGAAUGCUACAAAGAACAUAAUAGACACCAGGUUAAAAUAUGUUAUCAAUGUGAACUUGACUAACGUUGAGAACUGUUCUGCAGUUAUGUAAGGCUGUUCAUAUAGACAGGAAAAUAGAGGUAAAGGGCUAUGAUAUAUGCAGCUUCAAUGCUUCACUUUUUUAUAUGGGUAGGGAGAAAAAUCACAUGGGAAAAAUGUGAAUAUGUGAACAAUAAGUGAAUCUAGAUGAAGAGUACAUAGUGAGGGGUUUUUGGACUUGCAGCUUUCCUGGAAGUUUAAAUGAUUUCCCAAUAAAAUGUUUUUAAAAAUA